AUGGCCGCCCGCGCCGGCAGCCCCGCCGGCGCCCGCGGCCCCGUGCCGCCCGGCGGGGGCGGCCCCGGCGCCGCCACGCCCGGCCUCGCGCUGCCGCUCCGCGGCGGCGGCAGCGCGCCCUCGGCGCCGCCCUCGGCGCGGCGGCGGCCCGCGGGCGCCGGGCCGCCCGCAGGGCUGGCGGAGCCCGCCGCCACGGAAGCCCGCGCGGUGCAGCCCCAGGCACGCGGCGACGCGGCGGACGAGCGCUGCGUGCAGGUCCUGACCGGGCACACCGGUUUCGUGCUCAGCCUGUGCGCGGUGGGCGACGUGCUGUUCUCGGGGUCGCAGGACGGCAGCAUCAUCAUCUGGGACCUCAACAACCUGCAGUACAUCGGUGCACUCCCUGGCCACCGCGGCUUCGUCAAGUGCCUGGCGGCCACAAUGGCAAGGAAGAUGCUGUUCUCUGGGUCCCAGGACAAGACCAUCAAGGUCUGGAGCCUGGAGACGUUCGCCGCCACGAAGACUCUGGUAGGCCACACCUCGGAGGUGAAUGCGCUCGUGGCCCUCGAGGACUCGGACGCGCUCGUGUCCGGCAGCGAGGACCGUUCCGUCCGCGUCUGGUCGUUGGCGGCCCUGGUGCCCACGGCCUGCUUUGAUGAGGUGCACGCUGGGGGCGUGUUUGCGCUGUCGCCGCUGGCGGAAGGCCUCCUCUCCGCGGGCCGAGACCGCUGCAUCAAGUGGUGGCCCGCAGCCUCGUCCUCGCCGCCCCUGGAGGCGUGCCAGGCGCUGCAGCCGCCCCACUACGACAGCGUGACGGGCCUCGCCGUGGGGCGCCGCAAGGGCCACUUCUACUCCGUGUCCAGGGACAGGUCUGUGCGGCGGUGGGACACGCAGAGUCUGGAGAGCGACUUGCAGCUCACCAGUGCCCACGGCGACUGGCUGACCUCCGUGGCGCUGUCUCACUCCGAGGACGUCCUCUUCACGGGCAGCAAGGACACCACGGUGAGGGUCUGGGACGCUGAGCUGAGGAGCUGUGACGUGCUGCAGGGGCACAGCGGUCCCGUCUCGGCGCUGCUCGUGGUGGACAGGCACCUCUUCUCCGCGUCGCACGACCGUACCGUCCGGGUCUGGAGGGCCGACCAGUUCGAGGGCUGA